AUGCUGGAGGACAGCGUCAAGAUGCUGCAGAGCCCCGUGGCCUCAUCCGUCGCCGCGCUCUCCAGACCGAAGGCCGAGAAGGCCCUCGCCCUACUCCCAGACUGGAUCUUCGAGUCCGGCGGCGCCGUCUCCUUCUCCGCCCUCCGCCACCCGAGUUCCAAGCUUUCCUCCACCUGGUCGGCCUCCCCUCUUCCCCCCUCCGUUCUCUCCCUUCCUCCCUCCUCGAAGCCCGAUACCUCCAGGCUCGCUCGUACUUCGAGGCCAGACUCCGCGACGCCGCCUUCUUCCAACUCGCUGCAGACGGUUAGAAGUCGUCGGCCGGGUCAUCACUGGGGUGAGCCACGCGACUACGCCGAGGAGCUCCUCUGUGUCGCCAUAGCCAAACUCAGCGACAGCUGCAUCGAACGGUGCGCCGACGUCAUUGUCGACCGCUUCAACAUCAACUCCCUUCGUGACCUCGAGAACCGCGGCGGCGAGCGGAUGGUGAACGUCUCUUGCCAACUCCAAGCUUUCAACAGCUUGCUAUUGGACUUCGCCCGACAUCUCCCAGCCUUUUCUCGGACGUCGGAGAAGUGCUUGAAGCUGGCCGACUUCAACACCCGGUCUCGAAUCCGCAGCAUCUUCCUCAAGCACCAGCACAAGGAGAGCGGCUACACGAGACUCCUCCGGAACCACCGUUCCGCCACCGACUUUGCCGUGUUGGAGGACGUCAUGAGCUUCAUGCGCCCGAUCCAAAUGGUCAUCCUAGACGAUGACUGUAAGCUCGUCGGCACAGAGGAGGCAUUCUCCUUGACGGAGGUGAUUCAAGACAGCAGAUUCUGGACCGAGCUGGAGGCGAUUCAGUCGCUGGUCACGCUGGUGAAAACCAUGGCCAGGGCAAUGGAAACCGAGCAGCCGUCGAUCGGGCAAUGCUUAACUCUGUGGGACGAGCUGAGGUCCAAGAUUCGAGAAUGGCGCGCCAAAUUCAACAAUUGCGACGGCGACCUGGUCGACGAACUGAUCGAGAAAAGAUUCGAGAAGAACUACCGGUCGGCGUGGGCGGCGGCGUUCAUGUUGGAUCCUCUAUUCCUGAUCCGGGACUCGAGCGGGAAUUACCUCCCACCAUUCAACCGCCUAUCGCCAGAGCAGGACAAGGACGCGAACCGUGUCGUCGCCCAGCUGGUGCCGGCGAAGGACGCCCCCUUGGCGCUCAUGGAGCUGAUGAAGUGGCGAUCGUAG